AUGACCAGGGGCGGCGAGUUUCAAGGUAAUGUGGAGUUGUAACUGAGUAAUGUUAAUAUAUAAAAAGUCACCUUUUGCUAACUGGUACCCUUUUUAGAUUCGAGGUCGGAAGCGUCGUUGGAUCCGAGUGUUUUGUCGUCCGAGAAGCGGUUUGUGGUCGAUAAAAUGGCGGUAAGUGUUUUUUUUUGGGUUUUUUGGGGGGGGGGCGAGUGAAGCAUGGGGGGAGAUAAGAAUUUAUCUCAUUAAUUUGUCUUUAGGCUUAUAAUUAAAAAUUUUAUUGUUAGGCCUAAUUGAGACAAAAAAGUAAUUUUUUGUUAUUUUGCUCAAAUUAGUACCUUUAGGCUUAAAUUUUCUUGAUUUUUUCUUUUUAUGCUUUUUUUAUGUUGACAUUUAAGGCUUACUUUUGUUUCUAGCUUGGUCUAUUUUUAUUUUUUUUAGGCUUCUUUAUUGAUUAUAGUUUAGGUAAAUAAGGCUGUAGGCUUAAGAUAAAGAAAAAAUGUCAAUUCUAAUUAUCAAUUCUAAGUGUACUAAGCCUAAACUUAAGAAGCUUAAGCUUACUAAGCUUAAACCUACAAACCCAAGCCUACCAAACCUAAGCCUACAAGCCUAAACCUACUACGUCUAAGCCUAUGAAUAGUAUGUAUAAUCAGCCUAAACAUAAUAUGCAUAAAUCUGUUAAGCCUACGCUUUUACCUUUGUAAGCUUACUGACACUAAGCCUAACUACAAGUUUGAGGUAAGCUAGGAUACAGUACGGUAGGGUAGGUUGGAUAGGGCGGCAUAGGAUAAGGUAGAGUAGGGUAGAGUAGGGUAGGGAAGGGUAGGGUAGGGUAGGGUAGGGUAGGGUAGGGUAGGGUAGGGUAGGGUAGGGUAGGGUAGGGUAGGGAAGGGUAGGGUAGGGUAGAUUAGGGUAGGAUAGGGUAGGGUAGCUUCCAGAAUAACAACCUCUACCACAAUAUUGUUAGUCAUGCAAACAAAAAUUAAUUUGUGACAAGACUAAUGAGAGUUUAGGGUUAAUCUCCUACCUAAUUACACAUUAUUAUGUAGUAAUUUGUUUGCUAAAGUUAAAAACAUUGAGUCAAUUGAAAUUUGAUUAAAAUUUAAUUAUUUUGUUAUUGGAUAUUACUGUUUAUUAAUUAGUAAUAGAAGGUUAAGAUAUUGCGUUUGGUGCCAGGGUGUUGUUAGUAGAGUUACAGAGUUGUUUUUUACUGCAUAAUGAAGGAAGGCAGGGGUAAGAUAGAGCUUGUAAGAAAAGACAAUGAGAGAUGGUAGAGGAAGGAUAAGUGAGAUGGGUAUGGACAUGUAUUUGGUAUGGGUAAUGGUAGGGUAAGCUAUUGUAGGUGAAGGGUAUGGUUAUGGGUAUAUGCAUAGCUAUGGGCAUGUAUUCGGAUAUGGGUAAGGGUAGGGUAAUUUUCAAACUUUUAGGGUAGGGUGGAUUAUCCUACCGUACUCAGCUUUGCAACAAACUAUUUCCAGAAUUACUGUAACCUCUACAAAUAGCCAGACUAAUCUUUAGCUGCCUAGCCAGAAACAUAUCCCAAGAUUAGCUCAAUUAAGACAUACGUAGACGUGAACAAAACGGCUUUAUGACGUAGAUGUCAUGAUACCGUGACAUGAUUAGUGUCCAGAUUUAGCUGUCAGAGUCUUGCAAAAGCUUCGAAACGUUUCUGCAAACUAUAACAUUCUAGGCUUAAGCUGUUUUUGUAAUCAAAUUUUAAGCUGGUUUUUCGUGGCUAAUACGCAAAUGUUUUAAGCUGGCAGACGUAAACAUGCUAGCUUGAACGUAGAUAAACAUUUUUAAUGUUGUACUUGUUGAUAUACGACUAAGCUUCUAUUUUUAAUCAAUUUUGAGGUUUUAGGCUCUUCAUGCUUAGGCUAAGACAUUAGCGUUGGCUGAGGCCUCAGCUUAGGCUUCAGCUUAGGCUUCAGCUUAGGCUUCAGCUUAGGCUUCAACUUAGGCUUCAGCUUAGGCUUCAGUUUAGGCUUCAGCUUAGGCUUAAACUGAGGCUUUUACACACUUUUAGACAUAGGCUUAGCUUUGGGUUCAAACGUAAUCCUUGGCUUGCUGUUAAACCUAGACUUACCUUUGUUUACUAGUUCUGUUUUUCAAGCAAUUAGGUUUAUUGUAUGUACGUAACUUAACAUUAAGGCUAAAAACCAUUUAAAAGUGAUAUUUUGAAUGAUUUAAAAAUAAACGAACAAAGACUGUUAUGAUGUCGAAAUCCAAUGAAUAUACUGUAGAAACAAAAUUUAAGCUAAAGUAAGACAUUUAUAGAAUGACAUUUAGCACAGAAUACUGGUGUGAAACACUGUGAGUCAUCAUACUGUUGCAAGGGAUUUGUAUUAUCAUUAGAAGAUUUAGUGAAACGCGAUAAGGGUUAAAGGUUACUGUAGGGCUAGGCUUUUAAUAAUGAAGUUUAUUUGGCUAAGGCUCGGUCAGAGUGAGGCGUGAGUCAGCAGACAGUAGGGUAGGGUACGACAUAGUUACAGCUGGCUAAAACCGGGGUAUGAGUAAUCCGGUAGGGCAUGGGUACAGUUAGAGGAAAAUAAGGCACGGGUAGGGUAGGGUAGGGUAGGGUAGAGUAGGGUAGGGUAGGGUAGGGUAGGGUAGGGUAGGGUAGGGUAGGGUAGGGUAGGGUAGGGUAGGGUAGGGUAGGGUAGGGUAGGGUAGGGUAUGGUAUGGUAGAGUACGAGAGUAGGGUAGGGUAGGGUAGUCUGAAUUUAGAGUAGUGUAUCACAGUUACGGUAAUCUAGACGUUGGAAGAUUAGACAGUUUUAGAGACCUGAUGAUAUAGUGUUAGUCAUGUAACGGUCUGUAACAUUUUUAGUCACAAUGGUUAUUGUACACAAAUGGCAUUAACCAGGUCUUCUGGAUUAUCAUUUACUAUGGUUCUAGAGGGCUAUUUUAAGAAUUUUUCUCAGGACAUAUACUGUAACAUCAAUAACUACAGUAUACUGCAAAAUGAAGUAUACAUACGGUGCUUUACAGCGGUACUAUUGCAGGCCCUCAAAGCAGUAUCAGCAGUACUAAUCGGUACAGUAAUCCUCGGUGUUGUCAUAUCUCAAUCCUACAGUAAUCCACAACAAGAUAGUGCUAGUUAUGAUUCGGCACAACCAUUAAGAGCACAAAGAAAUGGUUAUGAAGCUGGUCCACCUGGAGUCCAACCAGCUUCAGAGUACGAAGCUAAAGGCUCGGAGAACUUUUUGGACGUGCCGAAACGUGAAAUGACAGAAUCUUUCGCUCAGUUUGAGCCUAGUCAUGAGGUUUUAAGUGGUCCUGGAGGUAUGUAUUGAAAAUUUUUGUAAUUUUUAGUUUUGUAAAGAAAGUUCUUGCUAUUUUUUAUAUUGUAAAGAAAGUUAUUGCUAUUUUUUGUUUUGUAAAGAAAGUUCUUGCAAUUUUUCGUUUUGGAAAGAAAGUUUUUGCCAUUUUUUGUUUUGUAAAAAAAGUUUUUGCGUUUUAUUAUCAAAAACAAAAAAAAAAUCAAUUAGAAUAUUAAUUUAUAGAACAAAGGACAACUUUUUGAAAAUUUGACGAAAUAUCACAAAAAAUAUUGGUUUUUUGACGAAGUGCCACAAAUUCUAUCGGAUUUUAAAAUAGUGUUUAUUAUGGUCUUUAAAUUGAUUUAAAGGUUUUUUGAGCUUUUAAAGAAAGUUUUUGUCAUUUUUUGUUUUGUAAAGAAAGUUUUUGCAAUUUAUUACUUUGUACAAAAAUUCUUGCUAUUUUGGCUUGUAAACAAAGUUUUUGCUACAUUUUUUCAAUUUCAGCCAGUUCAAAGUCGGUUCCACAAAAAUCGCCACCCCCAACCAGUCAAAAUCCAUCUACCCCUCCCAAGUCUGCCAGUACAUCACCAGACGAAGACUGCACUGUCUCUGACACUGUGAUUCUACUCGAUUCGACCGGUAGUUUAAGGAAUUCGUUUGAAGACGAAAAGAAAUAUGCGGAAAAACUGGUCGAAGAUCACUAUGCCAAAAACAAAAACGGUCGAUUAGGAUUGGUCGUUUACAGUAGUAACAGACGGUUUAAGCUGUAUGGUCUGGAUGACAAUACUGAUUUGAGAAGCGUGAUUAAGAGUGAGUUUUUGGAUUUUAUAUGCUUUUUUUAGGAAAUUUUUUAAAUAAAAAAAAAUUUUUUUUUUAAAUUGUAUUUUUUGGAAAGAAAGUUUUUGCGGUUUAAAAAAAUUUUAUUUUUCGGCGUAUUUUAACUUAAAACCUAUUUUGUAAUUUUUUUUUGAGUUUUAUGAGCUUUGUGAUAUUUUGUCAAAAUCCAAUAAUUUUUGUGGUACUUCGUCAAAAGUUAUAAAAGUUGGGUUUUAGACUAAAAAUUUAAAUGUAAAAAGGAUUUUUUUUUAAAGGCAAGAACUUUCGUUACGAACAAAAAAAUGGCAAGAACUUUCUUUACAAAACAACAAAUGGCAAGAACUUUCUUUACAAAACAAAAAAUGGCGAGAACUUUCUUAUUUUUAGUCUUUUUUUAAAAAAUAAUGAUAUGCUGUUUACCACCCUCUAAUCACAUGUUACUGUCUUAAAGUACGUCUUAUCCUUUGACACUUCCUAAUCCCUCCCCCACUUUUAACAUUUCACCGUUACAACAACAUGUGUAUUAUGAAUGGGCACUAAUACCCGGAAAUGUGGAUUUAUACCCAAUUAUUAAGUACAAUUUCAACGAAAUUAUAAUUAAAGGUUGAUGAAAUUGGUCUCGGCUGCUAUUUUUGCAUUUUGCAAAAUGAAGCUGUAAAAAGUUUUAAAAAUAAGGUUGUAAAGAAAGUUCUUGUCAUUUUUUGACAUGUAAAGAAAAUUUUUGCAAUUGUUCGAUCUGUAAAGAAAGUUCUUGCUAUUUUUUGCUUUGUAAAGAAAGUUCUUACCGUUUUUUACUUUGUAAAGAAAGUUCUUGCGUUUUUAAUUACCUAAAGUCAUUUUUCUGAUAAACGUCACAAAACAAACUUGAUUAUAAGCUAAAAUGACAGUUUUUCUCAAAUUUUGACAAAAAGUCACAAAAAUUAUUGAUUUUUGACAAAGUGUCACAAACUUUAUCGACUAUUUAAAUUUUAAAUUUUUUUCAAAUUUUAAUGUUUUAGGUGCUCCAUUCUUAAAUGGAGUCACAUUUACUGGUCAUGCUCUACAAUUGGCUUAUAAUGAACUUCAAAAGUCAGCAUCAAACGUUAAUCGAAAUUUGGUGGUCAUCACUGAUGGUCAUAGGUAAAAAAUAAAAUAUAAAGAGGCGCAAAAAAUAUUUUUUUUUGCUUUUAAGUGUAAAAUACGACGUUUCUAAACAAUUGCGGUUUUUUUAGUUUUGACCACCUUGACGGUUCAUUGGCGUCUUUGCGAAGCCUAAACUCGAAGCCUGUCAAUAUUUAUGGAGUUUCUGUUGGAGAAACGUUUUCUCGGUAAGUUGUCUUUAAUUUGGCUUACUAAGCGCAAGCCUACUAAUUUUAAGUUUACUAAGCUUUAAAAUAGUCUAAGCCUAAGCCUACUAAGGCUAAGGCUACUAAGCCUAAGCCUACUAAGACUAGGCCUACUAAGCCUAAGCCUACUAAGCUUAAGCCUACUAAGCCUAAGCCGACUAAGCCUAACUCUACUAAGGCUAAGACUAGUAAGCUCAUCAAUCUUAAGCUUUUUGAGCUCUAAAUAUAAAAACCCUAAGCCUACUAGGUUUAAGUUUAAAAAGAAUCAGUUCACUAACAAUAAGGCUACCAAGCCUAACAUUACUUGGCGUAAAACUAUAUUGUUUUAAUUAUAAUAGAAGUUUUAUAAGUAUAAAAAUUAAAAAUUAAAUUGUGUAUACGGUGUUAUAAGUGGUAAUAAAGGAUUAGAGCUUUUUUUCAAAAAAGAAGUCUAAAUUUAUACCUAAAACAGUGCAAUUUAGUAUAAUACGUAAACAACUUCUAAUUGGAUUUUGUUUUGAAAUUUUUUUAAAAUUUAGUGUUAUACUAUAUUGCACGAAGCAUAAAAUCUGAAAAAGACUUUUUUUCAUAAAGUACUAGAGUGUAUUGCACGUACUGUACAGUACUAUACUGCACUUACUGUACUGUAAUCUUCUUUACUACACUGUACAGUACUAUACUGAACGUACUUACUGUACUGUACUGUAAUGUACUGUACUGUACUGUACUGUACUAUGUACUAUAUAGCAUGAAAUUAUAUUUCAACCUCAUACCUAAAUUUCAGUCAAGAGCUUCUACAAAUAGCCGGAAGCGAGAAGAACUUGUUUAUUGGCUCAGACUCGGCUCCUAAACUAUCUUCUACGUUGUUCCAUUGUGAGCCAAAACCUAAGCCAACUGUCAAGCCUAGUAAUGGACAAAAUGGCAAAAUUGAAAACCUUGAAUCGCUGAAAGCAGGCAAAGGACAAGGGGCUGGAAAUGGCAAUGAAAAUAGCCAAAAUGGCAACAAAAAUGGCUCAAAUGGUUCUAAAAACAGCUCAAAUGGCCCUAAAAACGGCUCAAAUGGUACCAAAAACAACUCAAAUGCCAAAAACACUAAUACCAGUACUACAACCAAUGCCAGUAGCACUGGAUGUGUACUAGAUGUACUGUUUUUGAUUGAUGUAUCAGGAUCAGUGAAGAAAAGUUACGACGAAGGAAAGAGAUUCACAGCCGAACUGGUCGAUUCUUUGGCCACAAAGUCGACGAACUUGAAACUCGGCUUGGCCAAAUUUGGUGCACAUGGCACGGGAAAGGUUGUGGCUCAUAUUCAGUAGGUUUCUUGGUUUGAUAGUGGUGCUUUUGGUACUAAUAAUAGGAAUUUUUAAAAUUUUUUGGAAAAAUUUUAAAAUUUUUGGAAAAAAGUACUGUACCUUUUAAGCUAGAUGUAGUAUGAACUUUGAAUUUUGAGCAUAACAGCACUAGGGUAUGGUACUAUUAAUGGUACACACCAUUCAAUUUUACCACUUUUUAAAAUUUUUGAAAUUUAAAAAAUGUGACAUCAUGUCUAAAAACUUGAAAAAUUUUCAAGAAUAAGCAAAAAAACUCGUAUUUUAGAAGCCGAUCAGCCUCAGAAUUUAAAUCCAUACUAUCACAAGUACCGAAUCAAGGCGCUACAACCUAUAUUGAAGGGGCAGUUCAUGAAGUUUUGGAAGAAGUGAAGAAAAACAGCUCCAAAGACAAGGCUGUUGUUGUCAUUGUAACUGAUGGUUAUAUUGCUAAAUUCACAAAUGGUAAGGCUGUUUUUACUACUAAGGCUGGAAUUCUGAGUAUGUUAGAGAGGGUAUAAAAUGAGGUUUAUAUUUUUUAGAAAUUCAUGAUCUUCAAGCGUUUGGCAAAGUCAUAGCGACCGCUCCAAAGGCUGGCAUUGCUCUCUAUAAGAGCGAACUUAAGGUAAGUUUUUUUGGUUUUUUGGGGAAAAAAGGGUGGAUAUAUUAUUAAAAAUGAUAUUUUUUGGAUAAUGUAAAGUUAGUUUUAUCAUUUACGUUUCAAAAAAUUAAAUUUUAAAAAAUUUUAAGAUAUAAAAAAAAAUUUUGAAAUUUCAAAAAAUUGAAAAAAUUAAAAUAAAAUUAUGUUAGAAAUGACUCACGUAACGAAGCCUAUAAAAAUAAUCCACUUCCAGGCCCUAGCAUCAGCUGGACUAGCAUUUGAGGACCCCCAAAGUGCGAAACAGGCGCUGCUUAAUCUCGCGCAAAAAUGUUAA